UCCAUCUUCUUUGGAAAGUUGUUGUAGUUCGUGUGUAUUAAUAAAAAUAUGACUCGUCACGGCAAGAAUGCUACAGCAAGUUCAGUUUAUUCAUACCACGAAAAAAAGAAGGAUACAAAGGCAUCUGGAUAUGGAAGCGAGAAGAUACGAUUGGGGCGAGAUUCUGUAAAGGACUUCGAUUGUUGCUCGUUGACUUUACAACCCUGUAGAAAUCCAGUCAUUACUCCUGAUGGCUACUUGUACGAUAAAGAAGCAAUCCUAGAGUGCAUUCUUCAUCAAAAGACAGAGAUAGCAAGAAAGACUAAAGAAUUUGAGAAGCAAAAGAAACGGAUACAAGCGGAGGAGWCAGGGAAGGUUUCUGAAGAGGAGCAAGCCAAACUCGACUCUUUUAUCAGCAUGGAGAAGAGGAUUCUUACUAAACCUAGUGGAGUCUUUAAAGCAUCAAAAGAAAGUGUUACCGGUGCUGUACAUGAUUCACAACCAUCCACAUCAAAAGUUCAAAGUUCUUCAAAUGACAAAAACCUUCCAAGUUUUUGGAUUCCAUCUCUAACUCCCGAAGCAACUCCAACUCUUAUCAAGCAACCAGACUCCAAAACMUAUUGUCCYAUGACYAAGAAACCACUGAAAAUYAAAGAUCUGAUACCAGUUAAAUUCACACUUAUCAGUACAGAUAGUAAACCUUUGGUUGCAAAGACAGAGAGAUAUAAAUGUGCUGUAACUGGAGAUACACUUGGAAAUUCUGUUCCUUGUGCGGUGCUUAGGAAUACUGGUAAUGUAGUUACAAUGGACUGUGUGGAGAAGUUAAUCAAGAAGGAUAUGUUGUGUCCAUUCACAGGUGUAAAGCUCAGAGAAAAAGACAUUAUUCAUAUGCAACGAGGUGGUACUGGAUUUGCAGCUUCUGGUGUAAAACUUGAAGCAAAGAAAGGUGGUCCUGCAAUGCAAGCUUAGUUGUAUUGUUUGUUAUAUGUCCGACCCUGGUACAGUAUCUCAAAUAUCAAAAGCAAAUGCUUUCAUGAAAUUGACUACUAAUUAUUAACUGUUUUUAUUUGAACUCUUCGUACUUUCAUACCAGUUUACAAUAAAAAGGCAAACAAAACAAA